AAAAUCAUCAACGAACUACUCAUCAGUGGCAUUCAAAGCCUUAGCUCAGUUGAACGUGAGACUUGAUCAUUGCGAAACGCAAAACAGCUUGGCAGUUCGGUAGAAAAAUGAUGUCAUUUAAAAUUUUGUGUAUUUUCGCAAUUUUUGCUGGAAAUUUUGUGAGUAACUCUCACCAACAAGAUGUGACCAAACUUCCCGACGUUGAAGGUUACAAGCUGCACUGCAUCGAAGCAAGCGGAAUCACCGAAUCAUCUGCCACAAAGCUACAAAGUGAAGAUGAAAUAGCAAGCCCCGAUAUGGCAACCAAGUGCUACGUCCAGUGCUUCUUCCAGCGGCUGAGGCUGAUGAAUGAAAAGGGCGAGGUGCAGAAGGACACCCUGACCAAAUUCUUAACUAAGGUCGUCGACGAGGAGAAGGCCAAGGCGAUGGUGGCCAAGUGUGACACCCGGCGGACCAACCCGUGCGAUACGGCCUACGAUAUGUUUGUUUGCUACCAGAAGAACAAGGCGAAGCUGUUUUGAGUUGUGUGAUUAUGUUUGAUGAUGUUGAUCAGUAAUAAAAUUGUAUAAUCAGUU